GCCGGAAGUCGUGUACGCAAGACGCCUCCCAAAGAUGGCGGCGGCGCGCGACCCGGAAGUGAGGAGCCGGCUCUAGGAGGGAUCUGGAACCCCGACGCCCCUUGGGACCAGAGACCACCAAAGGACCAUAGUACGGCAGUAUUCCAGCUUUCUCCAGUACUCGGAUUUACAGGUCAGCACACCUCACCCCCUCUGCCCAGUAACUGCUGAGCUUGCCUAUUUGCUGAAGAAAGGCCAUGCUGCACAGUGAAGAGCACAAAGAACCUUCCACCACUCCUUAGAAUAGUCCACCAGCCCUGACAACUUCAUGCUGCAGGAGACAGCCUGAUGCCCUCAGCACAUCCUGCCAUGGACGGAGGGAAGAACUUUCCACAGCAUGAACACCAGCAGUCAGGCAGUACAUUAUACAGUAUGCCGAACCUCCAGACGCAGCUCAGCAUACCUGCCAUGGAGAACUCGAUGCUGGCUCCUGAUUUGUGGAAUUCCUUCUAUUCACCUGCCCCUUUCUCAACUUCAUCUUUCUCAACUGAAAACCAGCAAUAUUUUAAUACCACUUCCGAUUUUUACAUGAAUUCCAUCAGCAGACCACCUUUCACAGAGAGGAACUAUGCAUCUGUGGGCUUUGCUGACUUCUUACCAAAAAAUGGUGAUUUUCCUCAGGAUUCUUCAUACCUCGAUGAGCUCUCCAACAACUCGCUCUUCUCAUCGCCCGCGGACUCCCUCUCCGACAUUGCUGAUGCUCAGGACUUCCUGCCCGCCGACAGCCUGAACCAUGUGCCAACAAUAUGGGAUAUAAACACAUCGCAACAGAACCAAAUAGAGCUUUUCUCUCCCAGCAGACCGUUCACAGGCUUAGAAAGUUUGGAAGACCAUCCCCCAAACACCCCACUCCUCACAAGCUAUCAGUCGCAGACUCCAGUGGAGGAGGAUGACGAAGGUGAUGAGGAAGAAACGGAGGAGUUGGGGCACACAGAGACCUAUGCAGAUUAUGUACCUUCAAAGUCUAAGAUUGGGAAGCAGCACCCGGACCGCGUGGUUGAAACAAGCACUCUCUCCAGCGUUCCGCCGCCUGACAUUACCUAUACCCUGUCCCUUCCGAGCUCAAUUGCUGACAACGGGUUACUCUCUGCACUACAGCUGGAGGCCAUUGUUUAUGCCUGCCAGCAACAUGAAGUUUUACUACCCAACGGGCAGCGAGCUGGGUUCCUCAUUGGGGAUGGUGCUGGGGUUGGAAAGGGCAGGACAGUUGCCGGGAUCAUCUUUGAAAAUUAUCUGAAGGGCAGGAAGAAAUCUCUGUGGUUCAGCGUCUCCAAUGAUCUCAAGUAUGAUGCUGAAAGAGACCUGAAGGACAUUGAUGCCCCCAACAUUCCUGUGCAUGCUUUAAACAAGAUUAAAUAUGGUGACACAGCUACCUCAGAAGGAGUCCUAUUUGCCACUUAUUCUGCUCUGAUUGGUGAAAGCCAGGCAGGCGGACAGCACAGGACGCGAUUAAAGCAGAUUUUGGACUGGUGCAGGGAGAACUUCGAUGGAGUUAUUGUGUUUGAUGAAUGCCACAAAGCCAAAAAUGCCAGCUCCACUAAAAUGGGCAAAGCAGUGUUGGACCUUCAGAACAAACUGCCUCGAGCUAGGGUCAUCUAUGCCAGUGCCACAGGUGCCUCUGAGCCAAAAAACAUGAUUUACAUGAGCCGGCUAGGGAUCUGGGGGGAGGGAACCCCCUUCAGAGCAUUUGAUGAAUUCCUCCAUGCAAUUGAAAAGAGAGGUGUUGGUGCAAUGGAAAUCGUGGCUAUGGACAUGAAAGUGAGUGGAAUGUACAUUGCCAGGCAGCUCAGUUUCUCUGGAGUCACUUUCAAGAUCGAGGAAAUCCCACUGGAUCGGCAAUACGAGCUUGUCUACAACAAAGCAGCACAGCUGUGGGCAGAGGCGAUGGUGGUGUUCCAGCAAGCGGCAGACUAUAUUGGCUUGGAGUCUCGAAAGUCCUUGUGGGGUCAGUUCUGGUCAGCUCAUCAGCGCUUCUUCAAAUAUCUCUGCAUUGCUGCUAAAGUCCGACGCCUCGUUGAGCUUGCCAAGGAGGAGCUGGCAAAGGACAAGUGUAUUGUCAUCGGGCUCCAGUCCACUGGCGAAGCUCGCACCAGGGAGGUCUUGGACGAGAAUGACGGGCACCUAAACUGUUUUGUCUCCGCUGCAGAAGGCGUCUUUCUAUCACUAAUUCAGAAGCACUUUCCUUCAACCAAAAGAAAGAGAGAAAAAGGAACUGGCAUUAAAAGAAAACGGAAGCAGAAAGGCCGCUGUGCGAAGUCCCUGAAAGGCAUGUACGACAUGGCGAGCGUGAUCAAGAUCAGCGACGACAGCAGCACUGAUUCGGAGGUGGGGCUGGACAGCGACUUCAACUCCUCCCCGGAGUCCCUGUUCGACAACGACGACGUCAUCUUUGUCGAACACACCUACAAUGGCUUCACAUCCGAAGACAGAGGCAUUUUGCACUUGCCCAGGUCCCAGAAGGAUAUGCAUGGCCCGGGAGUGCUAGAACACGUGGAGAAAAUGAAACAAGACCUCCUAUCAAAAGUAAAAGCACUGGGAAAAGAGCUACCUCUCAAUACCUUGGAUGAGCUGAUCAAUCACUUUGGGGGCCCGGAGUACGUGGCAGAGAUGACUGGCCGGAAAGGCCGGGUGGUGAGCAGACCUGAUGGCUCCAUCAUGUAUGAGUCCCGGGCUGAGCAGGGCCUCUCCAUAGACCAUGUCAACCUGAAGGAGAAGGAACGUUUUAUGAGUGGCGAAAAGCUCGUAGCAAUAAUCUCUGAGGCCUCCAGCUCAGGGAUCUCUCUCCAAGCAGACAGGCGGGUGAGGAACCAGAAGCGCCGGGUCCACAUGACACUGGAACUGCCCUGGAGUGCAGACCGAGCCAUACAGCAGUUUGGUCGAACACAUCGAUCAAACCAGGUCUCUGCUCCGGAGUACGUCUUCCUUAUCUCUGAGCUGGCAGGGGAGAGGAGGUUCGCGUCCAUUGUCGCAAAACGCUUGGAGAGCCUCGGUGCUUUAACUCAUGGAGAUAGAAGAGCCACUGAAUCCAGAGACCUCAGCAAGUACAACUUUGAGAAUAAGUAUGGGACCAGAGCGCUAGACAGGGUCCUCACCACCAUCCUCAACCAGACUAAGAGCAAAGUGCCUCUGCCCAAAUAUUACCAGGAACGAGAGGCUGAAUUUUUUCAAGAAAUGAAACAAGGUCUCAUCUCAGUCGGGAUCUGCUGCAAGGAGAUGAAAUAUGGCUACGUAUCGGUGGAGAAGGACUGCUCCAUAACCAAGUUCCUGAACCGCAUCCUGGGCCUGGAGGUGCACAAGCAGAACAUGCUCUUCCAGUACUUCACUGAUACCUUUGACCACCUGAUUGAGAAGGACAAGAAGGAGGGCAAAUACGACAUGGGCAUCUUGGACUUAGCCCCCGGCGUGGAUGAGAUUUACGAGGAGAGCAAGGAGGUUUUCCUGACCCCGGGGCACCCUCAAGACGGGCAGGUGGUGUUCUAUGAGAUCAGCGUCGACAGAGGCCUGAAGUGGGAGGAGGCCUACGAGAAAUCUCUCAAACUGACAGGCACCUACGACGGCUUCUACCUCUCCCGCAAGAUGCGAGGCUGUAAAUACACCUGCCUGCUGGCAGAGCAGGGCCGCGGGAAGAACUUUAUCCUCUACAAGCCCAACAUCGGCAAGCAGAGCCAGCCCGAAAGCCUCGAAAGCCUCUUUAAGAAGUACCGCCAGGUGCGGCCUGAGGAAGCCAAGGAACACUGGGAGAGCAGCUACCUCUUCUCCUUCACGAAGUGUAACCAUGCCGUCUGGAACAGAACCUGCAAACUAAUCCAAGAGGGAAAGGAGUGUUUCCAGGGCAUGCGCCUGCGCCGUUACUACAUGCUAUGCGGCGCACUGCUGCGGGUCUGGAGCAAGAUCGCCAGCAUCAUGUCGGACAUCACCAACACCAGCUACCUGCAGAUCGUCCGCCUCAAGACCAAGGAGAAGAAAAAACAAGUUGGGAUAAAGAUCCCCGAGAGCUGCGUCCAUAGGGUGCGGGAGGAGCUGAAGCAGAUGGACGAGAAUGUGAAGCAGAAGCAUAACCACCGGGCUCUUCUGGCCCAGGACCGGAGCCUGCCGUACUCCAUGCCACAGCAUGUUCUACAGCAGCCCCAUGACCUCUGCCAGCCUGUGGCCGGGCUCCUCCUGCCCAGACACUCCAUGCACCAGGACGAGAUCCUGGACUUGACCUACAGCCCUCCCAGCGACAGCCUCUCCAACCUGCCCUUGAAACCCGACCCCCUGGGCACUUUACACUUCCAACCGGAGCCUGUUCUCCAGUCACACCAGCAGCACCGGAUGCCCUUGCAUUUCAGUCUCCCUCCUGUCUUCGAGAGCCCAGCCCCAGCUCUGGCGGGGAACAUGCCCCUCAACCCGCCCGCACACGAUCACAUGCCUCUCCCCCAUCCUGACCACCUGCAGACACUGCCACAGCAGCAGCUGCCGCAGCAGCAGCUGACGCCGGAAGACUUAGCCCAGCAGCAGAACAUCAAUUUCAAGGAGGUGCUGGAAGACAUGCUGAGGACGCUGUACGUGGCCCCUCAGGACAGCGCGCUCUCCCAGGAACGCCAGAGCGUCAUCCAGUUCACCAGGCCCUUUGAACACUUCUGAGGGGCCAGCUGACGGCCGGGAUGGAGCUCAACCACAGGCGCCGUGCCCCUCCCUAGCCUCUCGCCUGCCUGUCUUUGGCAGGAACGCUGGUGCGGAGGGAGCCUGGCUCUUGUAUUGCUUUGCAAUGACCCGCGUGUCUCAGUUCGGGGGCAGGGGGAUCGCGUAUUCCUUACAGCAAAGUUUAUUUAUAUAUAAUAUACAGCCACACAUGUA